AGAGAACGCAGAGAAUUGGCAGGCAGUUGGCGCGCAGCAUUAGCGUUCUCAAGCUGCGCGAUGGAUCUCUUGACAUUGACAUUGCUGAUCGCGGCGGUUUACGCUGCCUACCGAUACGUUUCGGGCAAGCGCGCGCGCUUCGCGGACAAGGGCGUGCCCUGCGUCGGAUAUCCGCCACUCGGCAGCAACGCGAUCGCGCUCUUCCGUCUGAAGCACGUGGCGGACGCGCUCACCGAGUUGUACGACACCCAUCCCGAGGCCAAGUACGUCGGCGCCUUCGACUUUGCCCGGCCGAUGAUCUUGCUCCGCGACCCCGAGCUGAUCAAGCUGGUGACCAUCAAGCACUUCGACAGCUUCCCGAACCAUCAGCCGUUCUUCGACGUCACGCUAGAUCCGCUUUUCGCCGGCAACCUGUUCAACAUCACCGGCGAGCAAUGGAAGGAGACGAGGAACAUGCUGACGCCCUCGUUCACCGCGAGCAAAAUGAAGGGUAUGCACGAGCUGAUCGAGCAGUGCGCGAAAAAUUUCGUCGGUCACCUCGACGCGUUGCCCAGCGACGUGAGGAAAAUGAUGGGCACCAAGGAGCUGUUCACCAAGUUUACCAACGACGCCAUCGCGACGUGCGCUUUCGGGAUCGAGGUCGACUCGCUGAAAAAUCCCAGCAACGAAUUCUACGUCCUCGGCCAGGGCGCCACCAACUUCGACGGUAUCAUGGGGAUUAAGUUCAUCGCGUUCAGGCUGUUUCCGUACCUCAUGAAGCUGUUCAAGGUCAGGCUGUUCACCAAACGCGUGGCCGAUUUCUUCGAGAGCGUCGUCGCGACAACCGUGAAGACUCGCGAGGAGAAGGGCAUCGUUCGCCCGGACAUGAUCCAGUUGAUGAUGAACGCGCGAAGCAAAAACAACGAGAGCAUCAAAUUGGACAUAACGUCGAUGACCGCCAACGCGUUCACGUUCUUCUUCGGUGGUUUCGAAACCACCUCCACGCAAAUGUGCGCCAUGGCUCACGAGCUCGCCAUCAAUCCUGACGUUCAGAAGAAAUUGCAGCACGAAAUCGACGAGGUGAUGCAGAGGAGCAACGCCAGUCCGACUUACGAAGACAUUCAAGGAAUGCUGUAUCUCGAUGCUGUUUUCAACGAGACUAUGAGGAGGCACUCGCCCAUCGCUGUCCUAGACCGAAAUUGCGUGAAAGCAUUCGAGUUGCCGCCAGCGGUAGCUGGUGCUAAGCCCUACCUCAUAAAACCUGGCGACGGAGUGUGGAUCCCGGUAACGCCCAUACACAUGGAUCCGAAGUAUUACGAAAAUCCAAAGCGGUUCGAUCCUGAGAGGUACUACGACAAGAAGAUCACCAUUAAUGACGUGACGAAUCUUGGCUUCGGCAUCGGGCCGCGAAGUUGCAUCGCUAAUCGCUUCGCAGCGAUGGAAAUUAAGACUUUGUUUGUUCACUUACUCAGCAGUUUCAAUCUAGUCGCAAACGAGAAAACCUGUUCGCCUUACGUGUACAGCAAAGCUAGUUUUAGUGCUAAACCCGUUGGCGGAUUUUGGUUGGCUGUCGAGCCGAGGAAACAUGUUUCACACGCCGAAUCAAUAACGUUCAGCUCGCGCGUCGUUUUCCUCUUCUAUCAGCUGCUGUUUACAAUAAUUUCAGCAAUGGACUUCUCAACGUACGCAUUAAUAAUCAUCGUCGUUUAUGAAAUUUAUUAUUACCUGAAUAGACGACGCGCGAUUUUCAUGGAACAAGGUGUACCCUGCUACGGAUGGCCAUUGCUCAGCAACAUCAUACUGUACUUCUUAAUGCCGAUGUCCCUUGCGGACCAGCUGAAAAUGACGUACAAUAAGUAUUCGAAGGCCAAGUACUUUGGCUCGUUCAACAUUUUUCAGCCGGUGGUUGUAGUACGCGAUCUGGAGUUGAUCAAAACAAUGGCCAUCAAGAACUUCGAAAGCUUUCCGGCACAUAUGCGGUACUUCGACUACUCGCUGGAUAAAUUGUUCGGCAGCCAAUUGUUCAACUCAACCGGUGAGUAUUGGAAGAAUACAAAAGCCAUAUUAUCGCCGGCGUUUACACCGAGCAAGUUAAAAAACAUGCAUGGCUUCGUGGUCGAGUGUGCUAAAGAAUUUGUUGGGCAUCUUAAUCAGUUGCCGGUCAGCGAGAGAAUGUGGCUGGAGACAAAAGAGCUUUUGAGCCGAUUUACCAACGACGCUAUUGCUAGUUCGGCCUACGGCAUUAAAAUCGAUUCCAUGCGAAAUCCCAACAAUAAAUUUUACGUUCUUGGUAGCAAAGCGACCAACUUGGACACCACGACGGGAAUCAAAUUCAUCGCGCUCAACGUUUUUCCCAAAUUCUGCAGGCUCAUGAACAUGGGAUUGUUCAACACUGAGGUUUACGACUUUUUCAAGGAUAUCGUGGAGAAAACGAUGAGGAUGAGGGAGGAAACGGGUAUUCGCCGAGCUGACUUGAUACAGUUGAUGAUGAAAACGCAAGAGAGCGGCAUGAAAAUGGAUAUUUUCGACAUGACCGCCCAAGCUUUUACGUUUUUCUUUGCUGGUUUUGAGACUACUUCGACGUUGAUGAGCGCCUUGGCUUAUGAAUUGGCACUCAAUCCUGACAUUCAAAAAAAAUUGCAGCUAGAGAUCGAUCAAGUUAUGCGAAGAAGUAACGGCAAUCUCACUUACGAAGACAUCAAUGAUAUGCCCUACUUCGACUCUGUAAUAGCCGAGGCUUUGAGAGCGCAUCCGCCUCUGAUAGUAAUCGAUAGAAUAUGUGACAAGGAUUAUCAAUUACCACCAGCUGUACCUGGUGGAAAACCAUUUACUGUCAAAAGUGGUAUGGGAGUUAUAUUUCCAGCUGCUGCUAUUCAAAGGGAUCCUAAAUACUUUGAUGAUCCAGACAAAUUCGAUCCCGAACGUUAUGCAGGAAAGAAGUUUACCUUCAAUGACGUGACCAAUUUGGGUUUCGGUAUCGGACCAAGAAAUUGUCUUGGCUAUCGAUUCGCUAAUAUGACUGUGAAAGUUUUGUUUUCCUACAUACUUACUGACUUCAACUUGAUACCAAAUUCAAAAACUCGCUCGCCUUAUACUUACAGUUGGUUCAGCUAUACUGUCAGACCACCUGGCGGAUAUUGCUUGGCUAUUGAACCGAGAAAAUCAAAAUAAUUCAACCAAAUUUUGCGGUGUACAUUUAUUUUGAAUCAUCAAGAAUAAUGUAUUCUAUAAAAUAGUUUUUUAUAAAUUAUUAUGUCUAUUUUCAUUUGUGUUCACUUGUAAUAAAAUUGAGUUGUAAUAUUUUUGUC